CAUUUUGGAAACUUUGCUGGUCAAGAUUGAUCACGUUUUUCGUUCCUUAUCAGAAUGUUUCGCUAUCAGCUCACAUUUAGUCGAGAAACACUUACAGCACCGCAUUAGAGACACGUUCAGUUUUACCGAUGAAUUACUUAGCUCUCCUGUGUUUAGCAGCUGGCAUUGGGGUAGCCCAGGCUGCCAACUGUCAUGUUGACCUGGCCCAUCCUGAGAACAGCCAGCUGUGCACCAACUCGACCCUGAGCUGUAGGGACCGCAACUUCACCCCCUACUGCCACCAGGUGGACAAUAACCCCUCGCACAACAUGAACGGGGAGUGUACCUGUGAACGAUUGUGUUUUGUCGACGACGAGUGCCGCGCCACUUCCUGCCCCUCCCGCAUGACUGCUUCUUGCAGAGACGCAUACACGAACAGCAUCGAGCGCUUCUGUAUCUGCCAUACGUAAUGUUAUUAUGGAGUUUUUCGACAAACCUACAACAACACCUGUUAUUAGUCUCCUUCUGAUUUAAUAAAUAUCGACGUCAA